ACAUCCACGCCGCCUCAGACCGGCCUUCCGUAGACGCCACUGAGGACAACGCCACGGAUGCCGACAGCCUGAUGACGGGCACUGAUAACCAAUCCAUCCUCACAAUUGAUGCUUCCGUAUGUAACAAAGUCGUCUUAUUCAUCACAGCAUGAUGGACGAGCCCCGUCGACGAGAACCAUCGAGACUUCGGAUAUCCAGCUCGCCUUUCAGCAGCGUUUUGGCCGCACCUAUCCAUCAAGAGACUACAUCCUGCCCAACGACUGGGACGAAUGUAUCCGCCUAGCUAUCCAACACCAUCUCUGGCUUCGCACGUAUAAUUCACGCCUUGCCAACUCUCCCAAACGUGAGCGUGCGGCGCGCGUGCUCGACUGUGGAACUGGCACAGGUCACUGGGCCUCGGAUUUCGCGGACGACCACCCAGAAGCUGUCGUCAUUGGUGUCGACCUAAGCCCUAUACAACUGACUGCUGUGCCCCCCAAUCUCUGGUACGAAAUCUUCGACCUGGAUCAACCCUGGCCGUGGAGGGAGCUUUACGACUUCAUCUUCUUUCGUCACAUGAACACGGCCUUUGCCGACUGGGUCGAAAUCUUUGAAAAGGCUCUCGGCCAUCUCGAGCCCGGCGGCUAUAUUGAACUCCAGGACAACUCCUUCCCCAUCAUGUGCGACGACGACACCAUGGCUCCCGACAGCGCCAUCGCGCGCUGGUCCACGCUCCUGAUGGAGGCCACGGAGCUCAUGGGCCGCCCCUGCGACACCCCCUCGCGCUUCAAGCAGCUGCUCGACCUCGCCGGCUUCGAAGCCAUUGUCGAGGAGAAGACCGUCUGGCCCAUUGGGCCCUGGGACGUGGACCACCCCCGCGAAAAGGAGAUUGGCAUCUGGUGUCGCGAGAACUGCCUCGAGGCGCUCGAGGCCUCGACAAUGCACCUCUUUACUCAGUUUUUGCACUGGUCCCAGGAGGACACGCGCGAUUUUUGCGACGAGGUCGAGAGGGAGAUUCGCGAGGGCAGUGUGCAUGCUUAUUUUACCGUGUAUUGUGUCUAUGGGAGGAAACCCUACGCCUGAGACGGCAAUGAGGGGAAGAGAACAUAACGACUGGAUGGGGAAACGACAUUGCAUUUGGUCGAAUUAGAUCUAGUCAUGAUACCCCGGGGACUUUGUAUAACUGUAUGCUCUUUCUCUUUUGCGUGGCGUUGGGGAGAAUACUUUUGGACCAUGGUACCUAGAAGCAACUCGAAGACUACUGGGAGAGAUAACUCCACGGCGGGAAAUUCAGUCCGUCCGCCGCCAGGGAUGAUAACCAUGGCGAUGAGGACGAGACCAAUCCUUUUUACUUGAGAUCUGGGAUUGGGUUCGAUCCUUUC